AGUGGAACCUCAACCCAGCAUGUUAUCGUGAUAGAGUCUGCAGAUACAGAGGUUUCAGGUCCUGGGGUCAAGCAGGAGAGAACUGAAAGAGAGGACACAAGACACAGAAGAGACAUCCAGACUGGAUUGACUGGAGCACYMCCUGUAUCCAGGGAGGACCCCGCCACCUCGCCUCAGCCCAGGACACGACACAGCAUCACGGAGGUCAGUGGAACGCCGAACACCGUCCUCAAGUCAGAGACAGACACCAAGACUUUAAYUGUAACACACAGGCUCUUACCCACAGAAUCUGACCACAGAUCAGACUCGGAGACACUGGAGCUGGGGCCACUGGGCUGUCCUCCUGCUUCCAGCUCAGAGUACUUACCGGUAUUUCACCAGAGCCAGAGGACGGUUCUUUCCUGUGGCGAUGGUGACACGUUAGACACUGGUGUUGAUGACCUGUCUUGUUCUUACGCUACAGAGAUGGACCCUGGCAACAURYCCUUGGGUUUAGARACACAGACUCAUCUGUUUAGAGGGGAGUGGAACCAGUACAGUAGUAGUGUAUACUCUGAAGRGUGCCUAGAUAAGAAACGGGAGGUUGUACUGGUAGACGAGGUAAAAGUGGAGGGUGACGCUCCUCCCAUAUGGAAUGCAGAUAGUCACCUAGGAGACGGACACUCACAGGGCAGAGAUUUCUUASAUUACAGAGAAAGCUCAGACACAAAUAUAAAUGUUGUCACCCACUCCCCUUUACACGCAUUCGGAGAUCGUGACCCAGUGUCCACGUCGAUGGCACCUUCCGAUUCACACGGCUGCGUCGAUCAGGUGUUGAACUCAAAUGACCAAAGGGCCAUGGCUCGUGGAGGGGGAGCAACAUCAGGCAAUAGUAAAGAGAAACGGUUCCUCUGCAUGUUCUGUAACAAAGGCUUCAGCUGCCCCCAGAAGGUGGAGAUUCACCAGAGGGYCCACACAGGAGAGAAACCCUUCAGCUGUACCCAGUGUCAUAUGUGCUUUUCCCAGGCUUGUCACCUGAAGAGGCACCAGAGGGUCCACACAGGGGAGAAACCCUACAGCUGCCCCCAUUGUGAGAAGAKGUUCUCCCGCCAGGACCAGCUGAARAUGCACCUGAAGGUCCACACAGGAGAGAGGCCAUUUGCCUGUACGCACUGCAGGAAGAGGUUCUCAGAGAGGAGCAACCUCAGGAUACACCAGCAGAAACACCAUUCCACUCUAUAGCGUCUGGCGUUUAGAUCAAGCCCUGCAUUAAAAACAUAGAUUCAGUGUUAUCAGCAGAAAAGAUCCACAGAUGCAUUUAGAAUAAUGAAACAGAUUUCAGUGUUGAAUACUUGUGGGUAGAAUAUUGCAUCCAGAUAUUGUGUGAUAUAUAAGGCAGGUGAUAAGCCUAAAAAGUGUUUGAGGUGUUCUGGAAGACUGUUCUGAAAAAUGUACCUCUGUAGGAGAUGAAAAAUGUACCUUGUCUUGUACAGAAAAAAGGGGUGUGGAGAUCUGUGCCAGUUCUUGUUGAGUAGUGGUGGACCUGAGUAUUACAUGUGAAUAGUGAUUGAAAAGAAACAGGGAGUACAUAUAUUUUUUAAUUGAAAUGCAUACAGAUUUUAAGUUGGUUGAUGUCAUAAAUAUUAAGAACUUGAAAGUGAUGGAAAAGUGGAGAGGAACUGGCACGACUGUCUGAAAUGAGUUGCCAGCAUCACAAAAAUAGUUUUUGGAGAAUGAAUAUGUUAAAGUUACUUUUGUAAGUAUUGGCCUAGACCAGGGCUAUUCAACUCUUACCCUACGAGGUCCAGAGCCUGCUGGUUUUCUGUUCUACCUGAUAAUGAAUUGCACCCACAUGUUGUUCCAGGUCUAAAUAUGUCCGUGAGUAGAGGGGAACAAUGGAGAAAGAAACACAGCACAACUAACUCCAGAGUUKAGUUUGAGGGGCCUAGACUAUAUUGCAACAUAAGGAUGCAUUAAGGUGUAUUACAGAUUUAAUAUUAUUUUCCUUGGGAUGAGAUGUUGAAUUUGUCUGAUGACACCAAUACCUCUCGCAAUUUUAUUGCAGACAAAUGAAGUGGGAUUUGCCCAGUUUAUUUUUUUCRUCAAUGAGAACACCUAGGAAUUUGUUCGUUUUAACACUGAAAAGGAAAUGUAUAAUUUUUUUAUUCGACUCUUGGACCGAGGACAGACAUUGGUUACAAUAUGCCAUUUGAUUAUAUUCCAAUCGGCUAAAUUCUGUAGGCUACCCGUAAAAGGCGCUGCAUGGUCAAUCCGACGUCUGCAUUGGCCGUGUAGCAUUUACGGUGAUACGGCCUCUGCAAAAGUCAGGGAAUUCAUACUUUUUGUGCUUCGCGGAGCAGAGCUGUUGUGAAGGAACUUGUCAAGGAAGUGAGUUUGUGUUUAUACAGGACCUUCCGCCGCCCACCUACCGUCAGCCAAUCAUGUCAGUGCGGAGAUAUACGGAGCCCUCUGCAUUGUUACAAAAUUUGGGAGGCGCGAUGCKKUACGGAGCUCAAUUUGGCCUCUGCAUGCUUCUGUAGGCGCCACAAUUGCUUCACACCUUCCAUAUGGAGCCUCCGACCACAUUUUCAGAUCAAGCAUAAAUUGGCUUUUAGCCUAUCCAUUGUCACAUUAUGAAAGGUGUGAAAACAGAUUAUAGGCUAUUGUUUGUGUCCCUGGCUGAGUUGAUGAGCUGAUUUGGGCCAUCAGUUGAUUGACAGAUGUAGAACUUACUGUAGAACGAUACAUUUUCCUCCAGUGUGGAUGCUCGCCUAUAGUUGGGCUGUGUAUAAUUUGCCAAUUUAGUUAUUGUCUUUGGUGUGGAUUGAAAGCCUGUAUUGUGUGGCCUUAAUAUUUCAUUUUGUAAAGCUGUUUGAGCCUAUCCAAAGAUGAUUUUGUUGAGCUGAGACACUUUUCUCUGGAUAGUAAAUUAUCAGACUAUUUGUUUUACUUCUUGAAAACAUUGAAAUAAAUGCAAUUCACUUGUGGGCCUAA